AUGCUAAGAGGAAGUGCUACUAGACUAACAGCUAUGCGUGGAUUCUCUUCCACCAGACUAGCUCAAAAGGCUUUAACCAUUGGUUUGAUACCAGGUGAUGGUAUUGGUAAGGAAGUUAUCCCAGCGGGUAAGCAAAUACUGGAGAAAGUUGGGCCAAAAUUUGACCUAGACUUCAAAUUCAUCGAUCUGCAUGCUGGUUGGGAAACCUUCCAAAACACCGGUAAAGCCUUACCAGAUGAAACCGUUGAAGUGCUGAGGAGAGAUUGCCAAGGUGCUUUGUUUGGUGCUGUUCAAUCUCCUACCACCAAGGUAGAAGGCUACUCUUCUCCAAUUGUGGCAUUGAGAAAGGCUAUGGGCUUGUUCGCCAAUGUCCGUCCUGUUAAAGCAGUUGAAGGUACCAAUGACAGGCCUGUGGAUAUGGUCAUUGUCAGAGAGAACACAGAGGAUCUAUAUAUCAAGAUUGAAAAGACAUACACCGACCCGGCAACUGGCACCAGAGUAGCAGAGGCCACCAAGAGAAUAUCUGAAGUUGCAACUAGAAGAAUUGCUACCAUUGCCCUUGAUAUUGCUCUACAAAGAUUACAAUCUAGAGGACAUGCAACUUUGACCGUUACUCACAAGUCCAAUGUCUUGUCCCAAAGUGAUGGUUUAUUCAGAGAAAUCUGUAAGGAUGUGUACGAAUCCAACAAAGACAAAUACGGCAAGAUCCAAUACAAUGAACAAAUUGUGGAUUCCAUGGUUUACAGAAUGUUCAGAGAACCAGAAUGCUUCGAUGUUGUUGUAGCACCAAACUUAUACGGUGAUAUUCUUUCUGAUGGUGCCGCUGCUCUGGUUGGUUCAUUGGGUGUUGUUCCAAGUGCCAAUGUGGGCCCAGAAAUCGUCAUCGGUGAACCAUGCCACGGUUCUGCACCUGAUAUUGCAGGAAGAGGUAUUGCCAACCCAAUUGCUACUAUCAGAUCUACCGCACUAAUGCUUGAAUUCUUAGGUUACCCAGAAGCCGCACAACCUAUUUAUAAGGCUGUUGACAGUAAUAUAAGAGAAAACCAAAUCAAGACCCCUGACCUAGGCGGUAAAUCCACUACACAACAAGUCGUGGACGACAUCUUGUCCAAGAUAUAA